GAUUCAACCUCCCCUCUCCCUUCUCCCUUCUUCCUUCUCCCUCCUUUCCCUCUCAGCCUUCUUCCUUUCCCUUCGAUCUCUUCCCCUCUUUCUCUCUCCCUCUCUCUCUCAAAUUAGAACAUGAAUUAGGCGGCGCACAACCAAGAAAACCCAGUAACCUGUUAACCCAAUUUCUGGAAAGGAAUGGCAGAAAGUGCAGUAUCAUCCCCAAAACCCCUCCAACCCUCGAACCCCAUCGACCCAACAACAACAACGGCAACAACAACACCCACACCCACACCCACAAACACCACAAUUCCUCAAAACCCGUCGAAUUCUACGUCGAACCCACCGUCCAUGCGCUCCCCUUCUCCCCUCUCCCACUCCCAUUCACCUUCCAUUGACCACAUCUCCUCCCCUCCCCAAAUCCCUCUCCCCCCAUCUCAACAACAACAACAGCAACAACAACAACAACCACAGCACCUCCCCGCAGCCUUUGGAUUAGAUUACCAGCAACAAAAGCAACAAACCCAGCUACAGCAAUCCCAGCAGCAGUCACAAACUCUGGCCCAGAAUGUCAACGCCUUGACGAAUUACCAAAUCCAGCAAAGCUUGUCGCGCUCCCCGUCCAUGUCUCGGCUGAGCCAACAGCAGCAGCAGCAGUUCGGGAUCAUGAGGCAACAUCAACAGCAGCAGCAUCAGCAGCAGCAGGGGAUGCAUGGGAAUGUGAAUUUUGGUGGGUCUGGUGGGAUUCAGCAGCAGACCCAACAACAGCAGCAGCAGCAAUUGGGUACAGGCGGGAACUUGUCGCGGUCAACGCUGAUAGGGCAGAGCGGCCACCUGCCCAUGUUGUCUGGCCCAGCCGCUGCGGCGGCCGCGGCAGCGCAGUUGAACUUUCCGUCCCAUUUGUUGGGCUCGCCGAGGCAGAAAGCUGGGUUGGUCCAAGGCUCUCAAUUCCAUUCGGGUAAUUCGCCUGGUCAAGCUUUACAAGGACUGCAAGCAAUGGGGAUGAUUGGGUCGCUCAAUUUGAGCUCGCAACUAAGAGCAACUGGGGCUCUCAAUUAUGCCCAGCGACUUAACCAGAGCCAAAUUAGGCAAUUGCAACAGCAAAGUCCUCUUGGCUCUCAACAGGUUCAAAGCUCACCGAGGACGUCACCGCUGGCAUUUAUGAACUCUCAGUUAUCUGGGUUGGCUCAGAAUGGACAGCCUACCAUGAUGCAGAGCUCUUUACCACAGCAACAGUGGUUGAAACAAAUACCACCAAUCUCUGGUUCUGGUUCGGCUUCAUUCCGUCUUCAACAACAGAGGCUCUUGCAGCAGCAGCUGGCUUCAUCUACUCAGUUGCACCCGAAUUCUAUGGCCCUGAACCAACAACAGCUAUCCCAGCUAGUACAGCAGCAACCAAUGGGGCAUGCACAGCUACAUCAGCAACAACAGCAGCAACUGCAACAGCAACAGCAACAGCAGCAGCAGCAACAACAACAACAACUGCAACAACCAGCACAACAACAAUUGCAACAACAACUGCCUUUGCAUCAGCAGCAGCAGCAGCAGCAGCAGUAUUCUCCAAGGAUGCCCGGGCCCACAGGUCAGAAGUCCAUGAGUUUGACAGGAUCACAGCCAGAUGCUACUGCAUCUGGUACAACUACACCAGGGGGAAGUUCAAGCCAAGGAACAGAAGCGACUAAUCAACUUCUUGGGAAGAGAAAGAUACAAGAUUUGGUUUCACAGGUGGAUUCACAGGGAAAACUGGAUCCAGAAGUUGAGGAUCUUCUAUUAGAGAUUGCCGAUGACUUCAUCGAUUCUGUUACUACAUUUGCGUGCAGUUUGGCAAAACAUCGGAAAUCUUCAACUUUAGAGUCCAAGGAUUUAUUGCUACACCUAGAGAAAAAUUGGCAAUUGAACGUUCCAGGAUAUUCAACUGAAGAGCGGAAGUACCAAAGCAAACCUUUAUCAAGUGAUCUCCACAAGAAGCGUCUUGAUGUAAUUCGCACAUUAAUGGAAUCCCCACACUCUGAAACAAAUACUAGUAAUUCUAAAGAGAUGAUAAGACAGGGACUUGGUAAUCCAGUUGGUGCCAACUACCUGGCACGACCUUCCCUGAGUUCAGAGCAGUUGGUUUCGCAAUCAACUGGUCCCCAAAUGCUGCAGCAGAUGACACGGUUUUAGCGGAUAUGCACUCUUAAUUCUUGUUUAGUCUUCAAGCUGAUUGGGCAUAACUAAUGGACCUCGUUUGGAUGGAUGUGAAUACAGAUUGCCAAAAGCAGUAGCUGUAAUUACUUAGCAACUAUCUCUAAGACAUGAAAGUUAGGGGGAAGAGAUCUCAGCAGUUGACCAUUUUCUAUAUUGUUUUAUCUCGUUUUGUUGGAGUGACAAUUCAUGGCCCAUAAGGUGAGCUCGUGCCUCCAUCGAGCCCGUUUACCAACGGCAUAAUAAGAAGCAGGUUGGGUGGGCUUUGUAUUCUACUCGAUUAUUUAGAGAAGGGAUAUUUUCUUAUAUGUUUUUUUUUUUUUUAGACUCAGAUCUAUUCUGUAUCUUAAUUUUUAUGGGAGCCAAGGUUAGAUGGACUUUGUAUCCUAAUUUAUUAUUUAAAAGUGCUUGCCUUUUGUUC